GUCCGCGUAUUUUUCAAAAAGAUAUUAUAUGUAUAUUUGACACAAUAUCCUUUAUUAGGUUUAGCUAAGAAGAGGGAAUUGUGACAGUGAUGGUAAAGGGAACCAUAAAACGUAGUCCAACGCCCUCAGCGCUUCGCAAGAAAAAGGCGCAGCAGCGAAUUCGAAAGAAGAUGAAGGCGAAACUUGAGAAGAAAAAACCCAAUUGGAAAAUAGCUAUUGCCAAGGUUUAUACAAAAGACAGCCGUGAUCGUGGGUCUACGGGAUCUAAAAGAUCUGAUCGUAGCGGCAAUGUAGACUUGCCGAGGCGUAAGAGGGGGCGUAACGGCGCACUCGCUGAGAGUGAGAAGGGGUUAAAUGACGAAGAUGGAGUCAUUAAGGGUGAUGGGGAUCCCGAUAUUGAGGUGCAAAGUGAUGUUGAUGAGGAAAAACAAGAGCUUCUGAAUCAACGUGAUCCGCUUGAGACGCAACUCUUUUUAAAGAAUCUUCCUCUCGAUACCAAUGAAGAUGAGCUUAUGAGUUACUUCGCGCAGCACUUCUGUCGGAUAAAGCGUGUUCUACUGGUACGUAAUAGAAUGAAUAAAAUGCUCACUGGGACUGGCUUUCUUCAUUGCGGUUCUAUAGAGAUAGCUGACAAAAUCUUCAAUUUUGCUCAACAGAACGCUCGAGAGUUGUCAUCAUCUAGUCGAGAGGAGUUCAAAGAAAAAACAGUGGGAAUGUCUUAUCACCAAGCUAAGCGUAUGAAGUUUAAACUUCGAAACGAUACUUACAUUACUCGGGAUCCUUUUUUGGAGCUUCGCGAGUCGAAAUUUACGGUGCAUCGUGUGCUCACCCGCUCCGACACUCAGGAAGCGGUAAGCGCCUUAGAAAAGAAGAAAAAGCGAACAAAGGUUGCUGCUGAUGACCCACGCAACCUUUAUUUACUUCAGGAAGGCCUUAUCAUGCCCGACACUACCGCUGCUCGAGGCCUUCAUCCGCGUUACUUACAGAUGAUUCAGGAUGACUACGAGGCGCGAAAGUCGCAACUCCGCAACAACAACUACUUUGUUAGCAAGACUAGGCUGAGCGUGCGUAACCUUCCGCGUACCAUGUCUGAGAAUGAUAUGCGUCGUCUCUUUUCUCAGAAGGUUCGUGACUACCUUAAGACACACAAGGCUGAUAUGGAACGGGAGAAGUUUGGAAAGUAUGGCCCUAUCAAGAACGUUAAGGUUUUGAAGAACUCUGCUGGAGUUUCUCGUGGCUAUGGCUUCAUCGAAUUCGUAAAUCAUAACAUUGCGUUGCAUGUUCUGCGGAUGUUCAACAAUAAUCCUACCAUUUUUGGAGACCAACGCCGUCUGAUUGUUUCCUUUGCAGUUGAAGAUAUCAAUGCAAUCCAGAAGCUUCAGCGCAUGAAGGAGCUCAAGCGACAGCGUCUUGCAAAUGAAUCACAAAAAUGUGCUUCAUAG